AUGUCAAAAACUAUACGACAAAAAAUUGCUCAUGCUAUUCAAACUAUUCGAUCAUCAUCAUCACAAGAAAAACAAACUUCUCCUAAGCCAAAAAUCUCAUCUUGUUGUUCUGUAUCAAAACCAAAAGAUUAUGAAUAUAUUUCAUAUGAAUUAAAACAAUCAUCACGAAAAAGUGAUUAUGUCGAUUUGAGUGAAUGUCAUUCAUGGUCUUUAUCUUGUUCAAAAGAUUCAGGAAUUUCAUAUGAUAAAAAUAUAUCAUCAAUAAGUUCAUCAAAUGAAAAUUUUCAUCAAUUUCAAUCAACAAGAAUACAUUCAGAUGAUUCAAAUUCUCAUUUAAGUUUAUCUAAUUUAAGUUCAAUUCCAAAUGAUCAAUUGAAUAUAUCAAAUUUUGAUGUUACUGCAUGGUAUACAGUUCCAACAUCAUUUGAAUGUUGUCAUUGUCAUUGUCAUCAUCAUGUUAAUACAGGUCAUUUACAAAAUCCAACUAAUAAUUAUUUAUAUUUUCCACAACAACAUGAAGAAAAACGAACAAAAAAUCAAAUUUUUCCUUUAAUUUUUUGA